AUGGCGAACACCACGGCGCAUGGGGCCUUGUCGAUCCACGGGACCAACCCUCAGUUCUUGGUCGAGCGUGUGAUUCGUACGCGAAUUUAUGACUCGACGUACUGGAAGCAGGACUGCUUUGCCUUGACAGCAGCGACGCUGGUGGACAAGGCCGCCGAGCUCACGUACGUGGGUGGCACAUAUGGUAUGCUACGGCCUAGCCCCUUUCUAUGUUUGGUGUGCAAGCUGCUUCAAAUCCAGCCGGAAAAGAGCGUGAUUGAAGAAUAUCUAGCUGCGGACGACUUGAAAUACCUGCGUGCUGUCGCUGCAAUGUACGUACGCCUCACAUACCCCUCGAUGGACGUAUACGAGACACUAGAGCCGAUGCUCAAUGAUUAUCGGAAGCUCCGGUGGCGUGAUAUGACAGGACAAUACUCUCUCUCGCACAUGGACGAAUUUAUUGAUCAGCUCUUGACAGAAGAACGCGUCUGUGACCUGAUCUUACCGCGGCUCACCAAGCGUACUGUUCUUGAAGCCAACGAAGGUCUACGGCCGCGCCGGUCACGAUUGGAAGAGGCCAUGGUGUUAGGGGAUUCACAAGGGCUGGAGAGCGGUAGUGAGAGCGACGACUCGUUGGCAGCGCUGCGGCAGGAACGUCGAGAACGUGACGAGCACGCGGAUCGUGUACGCGCGGAGCGUCAAGCGCGGCUCACUCGCGCACGGGCAGAAGAUGCGUCAGGUAGCGACGAAGGGUAUGCAUCGCAGCAGUCGGCCUCCGACGAAGAAAAACUCCAUGCACGACUGCAGCAAAGUCGCUCGCCGUCUCCUGCAUUCCGCUCUCGCUCGCCUAGCCGAUCGCCAUCGCCUGCGUUCCGUUCUCGCUCGCCUAGCCGAUCUGUGUCACCUGCGUAA